CUUUUUUGUUUCAUCUGCAUCAUUGAAAGCUAAAGAAACUUCUUUUAUACUUUUUUUUCAAGUCCUGUUUACGCACCUUUCUUUGGUACUAUGGGUUGUGCUGCUGCAAUUGUUUUCAGCUGUCUCGGUGCCGCUUAUGGUACAGCUAAAUCUGGUGUUGGUCUUUCCGCUAUGGGUGUUUUACGUCCUGAUUUAGUAUUGAAGUGUAUUAUUCCUGUUGUCAUGGCUGGUAUCUUGGGUAUUUAUGGUGUCGUUGUUUCUGUCCUUUUGUCUGGUGGUCUUGCUAUGAAGCAAACGCUUUUUACUGGUUUUAUUCAAAUGGCUGCUGGUCUUUCUGUUGGUCUUUCAUGUCUUGCUGCUGGUAUCGCUAUUGGUAUUACGGGUGAUGCUGGUGUCCGUGCUACCGCUCAGCAACCCAGAAUGUUCGUCGGCAUGGUAAAUCAGAGAAGAACAUUGACGCGAGUGCACUAAUCUAUGAGCAUUUGUGGUAGCUAAUUCAAUUGCUUAACUGUACAUAUGUGUAUAGGUCUUGAUCUUGAUUUUCGCCGAAGUUUUAGGCCUUUAUGGUCUUAUCGUUGCUUUGAUCCUCAACACCAAAGCUUCUGGUCAAGAAAAUGUUUGCUAAAUUACCGCAGCGAAGUAUUGGAAGAACAAUUUUUAAGAUUUCGAGGACGGAGUACUCCUGAAAUUAGCUUUGUUCAACUAGAUACUAUAGUCUAUAUUCGCUGUUCACAAUACACAGAUAUAUACAAACACACACAUACAUGUAUACAGAAAAAGUGAAGGACACUUUCGAACAAAAAAAGAAAAAAGGAAAUUCAAAUUCAAAUUCAAAUUCAUAAACUGUUACCAUUUAUUAAUACCAGCACUUGGUCCGUGGCAAUAAGGCUUUUCACUUUUGUCAAUCAGAAGAGUGCCCAUCUUCAUUUUGAUCAAGAGGCUUUUUUGCGUGUAAAGAAUAA